AUGGCACUCAAUCUCGAGAAGCAGCUGCUCUUUUACGGAGCUUAUCAUAACAAUCCCGUUAAUGUCGCAAUCCACAUAACCUGCGUCCCAAUCCUACUAUUCACUGGUAUCGUCCUAGUACGUUCAAAAUCCAAAUCUACAAGCAUGCAGGAAACUUACAAUAUCCAGGCCUGCAACUGCCCACCUCUCUUCACACUCCCCUCCGCCGUGGAAAUAUCCAACCUCCCCGCCAACGCCGGUACAAUCGGCGCCCUCAUCUAUGCAACCUUCUACAUACUCCUAGAACCGAUAGCUGGCGGACUUCUCGCCCCGGCCCUCAUCGCAGCCGCUUACUCCGGAAACUACUUCCUCAGCACACAUGGCCACAUCGUGAACUACUGGGCCGGCGGUAUCCAUGUGGUAUCAUGGAUAGCACAGUUCAUCGGACAUGGUGCGUUCGAGAAACGUGCUCCUGCUCUCCUGGAUAACCUUGUCCAGGCAUUGCUACUUGCCCCGCUGUUUGUAUGGAUGGAAGUCCUGUUCUUCUUUGGGUAUCGACCUGCAUUGAAGGAACGCUUUGAUAAGGGUGUUGAGGUGGAGAUUGCAAAGUUCCGAAAGCAGCAGAAGGAGGAGAAGGGCAAGGGUAAGGGGAAGUUGUAA